CAUGUAAAGUGUGGAGCAGCAGGAAAGCCUACUCUAAAGGCGGUGUUACAAGACAGGAAAUACUGUGGAAUUUCCUUGUUUACCGAGUUCCAAGUGGCAGGGUGGUACUCUGCCAACUGACUCAAUCAACAUGCUUCCUGGAUGAGAACCUUCCAGAUCACUAGAAGCUUGGUAUCACUAAGACUUAUCCGGUAUCGUCCUUCCAGUAUCUUACCCAAAAUUAAUGAUGGCUGAAUGGAGAUGAUGGCUGAGUGACAUUUUCUUUGGAUCCCUUCAGUUGGAUUAAAUCAGGAGCAGUCUAUUGAGUUACUGAAACAUCCUGCAAUAGGGAGUGGACUGUGUUUUGAAGAAUAUGGAACAUGAAGAUUUCUGCACUGCAGUUUAAUUUGUGCUUACUGUACUCUUGAUGCAUCCAAGGGAGUAUCAGAAUCAUGGAGGGGCUUUUGCAUUACAUCAAUCCAGCACAUGCCAUUUCACUUCUAAGCGCACUGAAUGAAGAGCGUCUAAAGGGACAGCUGUGUGAUGUUGUUCUUAUAGUAGGAGAUCAGAAAUUUCGAGCUCACAAAAACAUUCUGGCUGCCAGCAGCGAAUACUUCCAAUCUCUGUUCACGAAUAAGGAGAAUGAGUCUCAGUCAGUGUUUCAACUUGACUUUUGUGAGCCAGAUGCUUUUGAUAAUGUGUUAAACUACAUUUAUUCUUCAUCCUUGUUCAUUGAAAAAGGCAGUCUUGCAGCUGUGCAAGAACUGGGCUACAGUCUUGGAAUAUCUUUUCUUACAAACAUUGUUUCUAAGAGUCCUCAAGCUCCUUUUCCAGCUUGCCCUAUUAAGAAAAUACUGUAUCAAGAUGAAGACGAAAGUAGUUCUCAGAAAAGAAGUGUCAUUGUCUGUCAGAACAGAACUGAAGCACAAGGGAAAAGUGUAAAUCAAACACAACAUGAUUUAAGCCAUACUUCUAGACCUUCACCCUCUGUUGCUUUCAAGACUACAAGUAGACCACAAAUAACAAAACCAACUGAAAAUCUUCACAACUUACCACUGACUGAAAGGAGGUGGCUGAAAGAAAACCCUGUGAAUUAUACCAAGCUUCAUGAAACUUCUGGAACUGUGGAGGAUCAGAGCAGAGGUAGUUUAGUGAAAAGAAACACAGUACUGCCUCAAAUGCCUUUAGCAGAGAAAGAAAUUGCAAGCAGUGAACCAGGAAGCAGUGGUCUGCUUUUAAGAGGAAAGACUGGAGAGAUGUCAUUAAAAAGACCACGUCCGCCAGUGUUGUCUCUGCGUGGUGCAUCAGAAUCUACAUUUUUGUUGCAAGAGGCAGGAAAAGGAAAUGGUCAAGGUGAAGACAGGAAUUUGUUAUACUACUCAAAGUUAGGGCUAGUAAUCCCAUCUAGUGGAUCUGGUCCAGCAAACCAAAGUAUUGACAGAAGUGGGCCACUUGUAAAAAGUCUCCUUCGAAGGUCACUGUCCAUGGACAGCCAGGUUCCUAUUUACUCACCUUCUGUUGACCUAAAACCUUCACAGGUAUCAUCAUCCUCCUCACCGGGAACUAAUGAUUCCCAGAAGACAUUUAAUGUUGUAUCUCAGAAGUCAUCCUUGAAAGAGUCAUCAGAGAAGUUAGUUAUAGAUGAAAAACCACAGGUAAUACACCCGCAUCGCCUUAGAUCUUUCAGUGCCUCUCAGUCAACUGAUAGGGAGGUGGCUUCCCCUCUCACAGAGGUGCGAAUAAAAACUGAACCUAGCAGUCCACUAGAUCCUGCUGAAAUAAUAAGAGUUACAGUGAGUGAUGCUUCAACAUUAACAAAUAAAGACUUCCCUUUUAAAACUGAGGUUGAUCACAACGAACCAAGUAGACUUCCAGCAAAAAGGAGAUUUCAAGCUGACAGAAGAUUACCGUUUAAGAAACUAAAGACAGAUGAGCAGGGAUCUCCUGGAUCAGAAGAUAACUUUGAGGAAGGUUCAAGUCCUACACACCUUGAUGGUGAUUUUCCUGAUUCUGAUGUCAGUAAAGAUGAAUACAGCGAGAUGGAAGAAGCAAGACCAAAUAAAAAAUUUAAAUGCAAGCACUGCCUUAAGAUUUUCAGAUCAACAGCAGGUCUUCAUCGUCAUGUUAACAUGUACCAUAAUCCAGAGAAGCCCUAUGCUUGUGAUAUAUGCCACAAAAGAUUUCACACAAAUUUCAAAGUGUGGACACACUGCCAGACACAACAUGGAAUUGUGAAGAAUCCAUCACCAGCUUCCAGUUCGCAUGCUGUUUUGGAUGAAAAAUUCCAAAGAAAAUUGAUUGACAUAGUGAGAGAGAGAGAAAUUAAAAAAGCUCUGAUUGUUAAACUAAGACGUGGCAAGCAGGGCUUUCAGGGACAGUCUGCUUCACAAGCACAACAAGUCAUCAAAAGGAAUUUAAGAUCAAGAACCAAAGGAGCCUACAUUUGUACCUACUGUGGGAAAGCUUAUCGUUUCCUCUCACAAUUUAAACAGCACAUAAAAAUGCACCCAGGGGAGAAACCAGUUGUGGGAAAUAAGGCUCCUAAGCAGAAAGAUCAUAUUCAUAUUGAAAAUCCAGUAGAAAACAAAGAGGUUUAUCACUGCAGUCUCUGCAGUGCUAAGCUCUCUUCGCUUAUUGAACAGGGAAAUCAUGAGCGACUGUGUAGAAAUGCUACUCUCUGUCCUUACUGCAGCCUUAGAUUUUCUUCUCCAGAGCUGAAGCAUGAGCAUGAAAGCAAGUGUGAGUACAAGAAACUUACUUGUCUUGAGUGUAUGCGUACCUUUAAAUCAUCCUUUAGUAUUUGGCGUCAUCAAGUUGAAGUUCACAAUCAAAACACAAUGGCUCCGUCAGAGAACUUUUCAUUACCUAUUCGGGAUCACAAUGGAGAAAUAACUAGUUCAUCAAGAUUGCCUCCUCAGUCAGAAUCCAAUAAAAUGAACAAUUUUGUUGCUGCCAAGGAAGAUGGUGUAUUCAGUGAUUCAUCAGAACAAAUAAAUUUUGAUUCUGAAGAUUCUUCAUGCCUACCUGAAGACUUAAGUGUUUCCAAGCAGUUUAAAAUUCAGAUCAAAGAAGAGCCUACAGACGAUAUAGAGGAUGAGGUCACUGAACCAAGCAGAGAACCUAAGGAAGCAGUCUCCAACAAAGAUGCUGGUCUGUGGCCCUGUGAAAAGUGUGGGAAGAUAUUCACUCUACGCAAACAGCUGGAACGUCACCAAGAGCUCUUAUGCUCUGUGAAGCCAUUUAUUUGUCAUGUCUGUAACAAGGCCUUUCGAACGAAUUUCCGGCUGUGGAGUCACUUCCAGUCUCAUAUGUCACAGGCUGCAGAGGAGUCUACAAAUAAGGAGCCUGAGAUAUGCCCACCAGCUAAUUCCCCAUCACCACCACCCUUACCUCCACCCCCACCCCUCCCCAAAAUCCAACCUUUGGAGCCUGAUAGUCCGACAGGCUUGUCUGAAAGUUCCACUACUACUGAAAAAUUAUUUGUACCACAGGAGUCGGAUACACUCUUCUAUCAUGCUCCACCACUCUCAGCAAUCACAUUCAAAAGACAAUACAUGUGUAAACUCUGUCAUAGGACUUUCAAGACAGCUUUUAGUCUUUGGAGCCAUGAACAGACACACAAUUAGCUUUAACAGAUACCUUAAGAAGCUGGUGCAGUGGAGGCUGUGUUUAGGAUCUCAGAUGUAUGCCAUAUAAUGUAGAAACUUCAGAGGAUUAAAACAACGAUGAUGAUGAAAAAUUUGGUAUUUGUGAUGAUGCUUGGAUUUGAAGAUUAAAGUAAACUGACUUGGUUAGUAGGUAGAAAGCAGAGUAAUUUAAAAUUCUGUGGUCUGGGAUCGAAUAGUAACAGAAUAGUUUUUAUUUUCAACACUGAAAUACAAUCACAUCUGGACUGUAUGCAUGGAUCUUCAUCCUGUGAUGUUGGUGUGUGUGUGUAUUAUAUAGAAAAUUAUAUAUUAAAUGAAAGAGCAACAACAAUUUGGAUUCUAACUGUGAGUUUAUAGUAAUGAAAUACUGUAACCAACUUCAUUUUUUUAUUAAAGAAACCAACACACAAGCUCCAUAUAAAUAAUUGCCAUGUACUUGCAGUGCGGGAGGAAAUGGAUGGAGUGUCUCGCUGUAUUGACAUAGGUCUUAUAAACCUUUAGCAAUAACAAAUAAACCUCAAGUUUGAGUAAUCCUCAUGUUAUUGGAUAUGAAUGUUUGCUAUUUUAAGGGAACAUAGAAUUGUUUUGUUGAUAUAUGGAACUUGUGCAAAUUAAAAUAGGAUCUAAACUCAGCAAUAUUAUUACUAAGAUUUUAUAUAAAAAGUAGCAGCAAGCCUGCUUUCAGCCAUUUAACUAUAAGUUUCUAAGGAAAAUUGGGGGAGAGGGUACUUUGCUUUUUAUGAUGUCCCAAAGACUAAUUUACUAUAGAUACUUUGGUAGCUAAAGUCAUUGUAUUAAUAGCUAUCAUAAUGCAAAUGGUACUGUUUAUAACAUGAACUUAGAUUGAAUGGAUGUCAGACAAGUUUCAUAAUUUUGUUUCCACUAUUUGUACAACUGUUUGUAAUUCUAACUACAAAGGAAUGUAUAACUAUUAAAUAAAAAAAAUAAAAUUAAAAAAAAUUUAAAAAGAGAGCUCAUUAAGAGACAGAAGAUAAGUUGUGUUCCUACACACAGUAAUAAGCUUGGCCAUGAGUACAAAGACAUGUUUUAACAAAAACUUAAAGUGUAAAUAUUUAUAUAGAUAUCUGUAUAAAUGAAGAAGUAUGUAUUUGAAAUUUGUAUUAAGCAUACAUAUCCAGCUCAAGCAGAGGAAAACAUCACACUACAAUCACUGCAUAUUAUGAAUACAAUGCAUAGAAUAUUACUUUCUGCCGCUUUCUGUCAUUUGUGGUACUGUGUUGCAAUUUUCUGAUUUGUUGAAAAUUGUGGUAAUAAUGGGCUGCAUAUAUUUGAUGCAGUUCCAUUAUUUUACCUCUAAUCACAACUGGAGCAUUUAGUGUAAGUAGGAUCAUUGAUAUUUACCAGAAUCUAUAGUAAGGGUCCAAAAUGAUUCUGUAAGUAAAAGAAAUAUUUACCACAAAGUAGGUGGUAAACUUGAACAGUGAAAAAUUAUUCUGGUAGAAAUUAAACUUAAUGGAGUGGUGAUGGAUUAAAGUGAACACAAAUGAUGCAAACAGUAUUUAUGAUCCUGACCAACUUGACCCCAUGGGGGUUGGGAGAGCAGGGAUUGCAUUGUGUGCUACCUAGUCAGAGAUCAGUCUGUCUUCACUGAAAGCAACAGGAGUUUGACCACCAGUUUCAGGGGGAGAAGGAGUGAGGCUUUUAAUUGUAUACGUAACCAUGACAUAUUUUUCAGCAUCCCAAACUCAAAAAGAAUUGCAAGCUGACACUAAGAUUUAGCAAAAUAAAGUGCAAGUGUAACUCCUAAGGGUGGACAUUCUUAGGCACACACAGGAAUAGGUUAUUCUCAGUGAGAGCCCAAGUGUGCCACCAUUGUUUCCAACAUUAUUUCUUUCCUGUAAGUUAAGUUUAAAAGAAUGGGCUCAGAAUGAACCACUUGACUUUUUUUGAGCCAUGGAAAAAAUGCAAUGUUAGUUUCAAGCCUCUUCUGUUUCAUUUUUUAUUAAACUCUUAACAUUGUUACUAAACAUAUCAAAUAGUAAUUUUGUCAUCUUUCAGUCAGAUUGUAUCUGAAUAUGAUUAUGCUAGUUUAUUAGAAUAAACUCUUCAGUGACAUUGCAAUUGAAACAAGGUACUUGUUUAAUAGUGACAUUUCUAGUUAUUAACCUCUUUAUUUCUCCUAAUAAGACUAAAUUUCUUUCUUUCUUACCAGAAACAAUUUCAAAAUGAAAUGGUUGUUGCACUGAACCUGGUUUAACAAAUCAGAAAAACAUAAAGCUUUGCUAAGUAUCCUUUAAAUAUAUCUAAGAAAUCUGUGCAUAUAAAAUAUGAACAUUUUUAUAAAAUGGUUCCUAAGUUUUCACCAAUGAUUCCUCUACAUAACAGUCUGAGACUCUGUAGCCUUUCAAAAACAUGGUGGCAACUAGUUCAGCUAUGUCAUAGUCAUCUAACUUCCAGAUGGGAUUCUGCUAUGUGAUAUGAUGAUAAAUUCCACACACUUAAAAUCAAAAGCUUUUACAACAUCUUUGACAAAACCUUGACCUUUUUCCUACUAUAGUAUGUAUUAUAAAAAAAUCCAUACAAUAUUUUUUCUCUAAAUAGCCUCCUUCUGAGUUUUUCUUUAAUUGUUGGGGGUAAUUAACUUUGAGUUUGUUCUGUGGUUUUGUUUUUUGUGGUGUUGGUUUUGGUUUAAAUUCAGUUCCUGUUGUUUAGUAGAGGAAUUCAGGAUCUCUGAAGUUUAAAUAUGAGAUGUUUAUAUAGCAAUUCUGGUUUUCUAUUAGCUUUUAUACAGUAUCUUUAAAAACCCUUGAUAUAAGUGUUUAUUUUGGAGGAUACAGAAUAAAUAUGCAUCCACUUAUAUAACUUUUAAUAUAUGUUUUUAAAAUUAAAUUAUGGAAAAAAUGUUAGUUGCUUGUUUAUAAAUAAAGGUCUUUUGAAGAGUGUCUAGUUUGGCUGCAGCCAAAAUAAAAGGCAAAUUUAUUGAUACUAAAACAUGUUUUCAUCUUAUUUUGUAGCUGUGUACUAAAAUGACACAAAAUUAGGGGUCUUGUUAAAUAUAAAAAAGUUUUUUGCUUUAUUUCUUAAAAAUUGACAGGAAUGAGCAGAUGUUUUAAUAUAUAGAUUAGAAUCUUUACUUUUUUCCUUUUUUUAUUUUGGUAAUCUGUCAGAUGUAUCUCAGAGAACUAUCCUGCUUCAGUGGAACUACAGCGGAAACUUCCAUUGCAUUUAAGAGGUGCAGGGUUGAGCUAUGAAAUGUAUUUUCUUUGGGGACUUAUUUUCCCUUCAACACUGUGUUGGCAAAGCGUCUUAAGUCUAUGGUUAAGUCCCAUUCAGAUCAGUCUUAAUUUUUUUUAAACACGUGCUUACGUUCUUUGCUAAAUUGGGACCAUCAUCAACCAUUGAAAGUGAGCAAUGGCAGAAAAAUGCAUUAUUCUUUUUUUUUAAGUCCUAGAACCAAAAGUUAAAAUUAGUUUUCCUCUACCUAAAAACUGCAUAUACAGCUAAGGUAAAGAUCUGUAGUUUUACAAAAACAAAGAACAUGAACCAGUUUGGGGGUUUUUGUUUUGUUUGUGGUUUUUGCUUGUUGGGUUUUUUUUUUCUGAUAAGGGGGAAUGAAACACCCUGUGACAGUUAACUGAGCAGAUAACCUGCUGAAGCAGUAGGUGACACUAGAGUUUGUCUGUGUAUUUCAGAAUGGAGAUGUAGGCUUAUUGGUGAACCAAAAUACUGCUGAAAGAUGCUUCCUGCAUUUCCUGUUCAGGCAAGCCUCCCAGACACAUCCAGUACAUUUUUUGCUCUGACUUUGUUUUCCCCCAAGUAGGGCACAUGGGUUUGGUCUGAAGAUACAUGUACUCUGUUUUCGUUCCAAGCUUCCAAUAAAACCAGAAGGUCCUCACAUGGGAUGAGGACAGACUAUGCCUACUUUCUUGGCGCUAAUAGCAAGGGUGCAAAUACAUGGCAUGAGCCUGUAAUCUGGCAUGUGCCUAUACUGUUCAAUAAAAUUGUUUACAUUUUCCUACUAGAUUUAGAUAAAAAUCAAACAAGCUUAGGAUUUGGGGCUGUUAAUGAAUCAGUGUUAAAAUCUUUGUUUUUUUGUUUGUUUUUGUUGAACACAGCCUGGUAGUAUUUUUUAAUGUUAUUGGUUCUUGUUCAUUUAAAAUGACUUGUGAAAAACUGUACUAUAACUUGUACAUAAAGGGACACUAUCAAGAGAAAGGUUGUAUACAGCAAAUGUACUAAUCCAUAUUAAGAAUACUUGAUAUUAAUAAAAUCAAAGAAUUAAAAAACAUUAAUUGAGUCACAGCACUUGAGCUGCUUGGGCAUGAAAAUGCCUGUUAAGUGCAUCCUCAAUUGUUGCAAGGAUGUCUGAAAAAUGUAUCUGAAUUCUGUGGGCUGAGCUCAUUUUUCACGUUUCUUUUUCUCUCCCUAUUCCAGAAUAAAGGACUCGGUCCAUUUUUCCUUUUCCAGUUUCUCAGUGGUACACAUUACCUUCUAAAGAGACAAGCUUCCCGCUACUGCAGCAGAAACUUUAAUUAAUAUAUGAACAUAAAACCAGAACAAACUAUUUUUUGCAAUGUGACAUAUAAAGUACACAUUUUAAGGCUUAUUCUUGACAGUGUCCCUUUUUAAAAGGCAGGAAAAUGGGAUUACUUUUAGUGCUCGGGUGCAGGGGAAUAGUUUCCUACAGUCUCUAGAAACUGGAAUCCAAUGUAUUUGCUGUAGAAUUUUCCAAUUGGUUACACAAAAUCACUUGUCAUUUUAAAGGAUUAUAGCGGCAAGACAAAAGAAGCUGGUUUUAUAAUCCUGUAUACCUUACGGAAAUUGUAUAUCAGUUCAAUACACCAGUGUUGAAUUUUAAUUAAGGAUGGGUUUUUACGUUUUUUAGGACUGAGAAUUAACAGCUUAGGGUAACUUUUUCUUUGAUGUAAUGUAAAUCCAUUGCUGCUUUGUACAACUUUUUCUACUAUGUGUUUUCUUUACUUAGAUCUUGACUAGGAAAUGUUGGCAUCCAAUAAAUUUACACUUUCUUUCUUUUGAA